GUGCUGGCAGCGCGAAAAUUGCAUGCAGCAGGAUUGCUGGAGCAAAUGCUCUCGUCGAGGCGGGGACCGGCGUUGAAGCAGAGGGAACGGGAACCACUUUACUGCACAAAAGAGCGCACAGGGAUCUUGGCGAUGCUUUGUGGACCACGAGAGCCGGCGGCAAAGGAUGGGGCUACAGCAGUCCCAGUCAAGGACAAGGCGACCCCAACAGAGCCCACGGUAGAGUCGGGGAGCAAGGGUUCUGCACGUAUGCUGGCCAACCAGGUGAAUGAGGUGAGGGAGGAGAUGUCGUAUGACGUUUUUCUACGUGUCAGGCUGAUGAGCUACCUCGUGGAAUGCGACCUCUACGUGAUGCUGUAUCUCAGGCAACGGGAUGUUGCUGAAUUCAUGGACUUUGUGCUCAACAAGGCUACGGCAUGCUGUAUCUUGACCUACCCAGCAGUGCGUGUGACUUACAAGAGCUGGUGA